UUAAAAAUAGGACCUAGCAGAGUGUGAUCUGAGCUGAAGCAAUGGCUGUGCACUGCCGUACAUUCAUGUGUUUCCACACUGUUCAUGGUACAAAUGUUCGCAUUGACUCUUCAGGAACACUGGCCACCAGGGUAGAAAGCUUUGCUAAUGGUAUAUGCUUUAGCCAGGAACCGCUAGAACCUGGGGAGAUAUUUUUGGUGGAAAUUGAGGAAAAGGAACUGGGGUGGUGUGGACACUUAAGAGUGGGUCUCAUGGCCCGGGAUCCUCGCAGCCUUGAUGUGGUGCCAGAAUAUUCUCUGCCAGACCUACUGAAUCUUGGGGAUAGUUGGAUCUUUGCCAUUACUCGAAACCAUAAUAGGGUCUUGUCAGGAGAGGACGAUGCAAACUCUGUGGCACAAAGUGCAUUAAUGUCAGACCCCUACUUAAAAGUGGGCAAGUUUAAAAUACCACGUGAAAAACUUGUAGCUCGAAGCCGCCCAGGGCGCUAUAGCCAUAUCCUUGAUGAUUUGUACAAGUCAAAUAUUCUCCCUCCCACUGCCAGAAGAAGUAGGAUAGGUGUGCUGUAUGAGCCUCAGUCUGACGGGACUCGCAACAUGCACAUCAUCAUCAAUGGAGAAGACAUGGGAGCCAGCGCACGUGGGAUACCUGCUACACACCCCCUCUAUGCUGUGGUUGAUGUAUUUGCUUCCACAAAGAGUGUUCGUGUAAUUCAGUUGGAAUAUGGCUUCCCAUCUUUGCAGACUCUAAGUCGUCUGGUCAUCCAAAAGAAUGUAAUCCACAGACUGGCUAUUGAUUGGUUAGAUCUUCCAAAAUUACUAAAGAAUUUUUGUAAAUAUGAGUGAGGGCCAAUACACAACUCUCCAGACAAUUUAUGUGGGAGAUGACUAGGGUGUUUUUCUGCAAAGAGUUCAGUCAUACUAAUCUGUACACUACACCCCAAGAGACCCAAGUGACCUUCCAGAAGAAAUGCUCGCUUCACAAAGUACAGAGUAACUGAGGAUUUUCAAGUCAAACAUUUUACCAUUUGUUAUUUUUUGUUGGAGAUUACUAAAAGAAGUUUCACAUAGGGGAAAAAAUGGUGACGUUUCUUUCAUACACAACAUGCAGUAACAGCCUCUCCAAUCUCACAAUUAAUUUUAUUCCAAGGUGGUGUGUGAGCUUUACCGGAUAAGCCAAAUAGAAUAGCACAGUAACUGGGGAGACUAGAGAAGCAGUUAGGGAAUCUAUGCUACUAUGUUAUGUGUACCACACACCCAAAUACAUUCUAGGACAGCACCCACAUAAAUUGUGCAACGUUAACAAUGUACUUAGGGACAUUGAAGGAAAUGUAAAAAAAAACAUAAUUUGUGCUUACCUGAUAAAUUUAUUUCUCUUGUGGUGUAUCCAGUCUACGGAUCAUCCAUUACUUGUGGGAUAUUCUCAUUCCCAACAGGAAGUUGCAAGAGGACACCCACAGCAGAGCUGUCUAUAUAGCUCCUCCCCUAACUGCCAUAUCCAGUCAUUCGACCAAAAACAAGCAGAGAAAGGAAAAACCAUAGGGUGCAGUGGUGACUGUAGUUUAAAAUUAAAAAAUACCUGUCUUAAAAUGACAGGGCGGGCCGUGGACUGGAUACACCACAAGAGAAAUACAUUUAUCAGGUAAGCAUAAAUUAUGUUUUAUCUUGUAAGGUGUAUCCAGUCCACGGAUCAUCCAUUACUUGUGGGAUACCAAUACCAAAGCUAAAGUACACGGAUGAAGGGAGGGACAAGGCAGGUACUUAAACGGAAGGUACCACUGCCUGUAAAACCUCUCUCCCAAAAAUAGCCUCCGAAGAAGCAAAAGUAUCAAAUUUGUAGAAUUUUUAAAAAGUAUGAAGCGAAGACCAAGUCGCCGUCUUGCAAAUCUGUUCAACAGAAGCCUCAUUUUUAAAGGCCCAUGUGGAAGCCACAGCUCUAAUAGAAUGAGCUGUAAUCCUUCCUGGAGGCUGCUGGCCAGCAGUCUCAUAGGCUAAGCGGAUUAUGCCUCUUAGCCAAAAAGAAAGAGAGGUUGCCGAAGCCUUUUGACCUCUCCUCUGUCCAGAGUAGACAACAAACAAAGCAGAUGUUUGACAAAAAUCUUUAGUAGCUUGUAAGUAAAACUUUAAAGCACGAACCACGUCCAGAUUGUGUAAUAGACGUUCCUUCUUUGAAGAAGGAUUAGGACACAAAGAUGGAACAACAAACUCUUGAUUGAUAUUCUUAUUAGAUACCACCUUAGGUAAAAACCCAGGUUUGGUACGCAGGACUACCUUAUCCGCAUGGAAGAUCAGAUAAGGAGAAUCACAUUGUAAAGCAAAUAACUCGGAGACUCUACGAGCCGAGGAAAUAGCUACCAAAAACAGAACUUUCCAAGAUAAAAGUUUGAUAUCUAUGGAAUGAAGAGGUUCAAACGGAACUCCUUGAAGAACCUUAAGAACCAGAUUUAAGCUCCAUGGCGGAGCAACAGGUUUAAACACAGGCUUGAUUCUAACUAAAGCCUGACAAAAUGCCUGAACGUCUGGAACAUCUGCCAGACGCUUGUGCAAAAGAAUAGACAGGGCAGAAAUCUGUCCCUUUAAGGAACUAGCUGACAAUCCUUUUUCCAAACCUUCUUGGAUAAAGGGUAAUAUCCUGGGAGUCCUGACCUUACUCCAUGAGUAACCCUUGGAUUCACACCAGUAAAGAUAUUUACGCCAUAUCUUAUGGUAAAUUUUCCUGGUGACAGGCUUUCGUGCCUGUAUUAAGGUAUCAAUGACUGACUCAGAGAAGCCACGCUUUGAUAACAUCAAGCGUUCAAUCUCCAGGCAGUCAGUCUCAGAGAAAUUAGAUUUGGACGAUUGAAAGGACCUUGUAGUAGUAGAAGGUCUAGUCUUAACGGCAGAGUCCAAGGUGGAAAGGAUGACAUGUCCACUAGAUCUGCAUACCAGCUCCUGCGUGGCCAUGCAGGUGCUAUCAAGAUCACCGAUGCUCUCUCCUGCUUGAUCUUGGCAAUCAGACGUGGGAGCAGAGGAAACGGUGGAAACACAUAAGCAAACACCUCCGGAUGGAGCUCCCACUCCCCUGGAUGAAAAGUCUGUCGACUUAGAAAAUCCGCCUCCCAGCUCUGGGAUAUGGAUAGCUGAUAGGUGGCAAGAGUGAAUCUCUGCCCAGCAAAUUAUCUUUGCGACUUCUAACAUCGCUAGGGAACUCCUUGUUCCCCCUUGAUGGUUGAUGUAAGCCACAGUCGUGAUGUUGUCCGACUGAAAUCUGAUAAACCUCAGAGUUGCUAACUGAGGCCAAGCCUGAAGAGCAUUGAAUAUCGCUCUCAGUUCCAGAAUAUUUAUUGGACGGAGUGACUCCUCCUGAGUCCACGAUCCCUGAGCUUUCAGGGAGUUCCAGACUGCACCCCAACCUAGAAGGCUGGCAUCUGUCGUUACAAUUGUCCAAUCUGGCCUGCGAAAGGUCAUACCUUUGGACAGAUGGACCCGAGAUAGUCACCAGAGAAGAGAAUCCCUGGUCUCUUGAUCCAGAUUUAGUAGAGGGGACAAAUCUGUGUAAUCCCCAUUCCACUGACUGAGCAUGCAGAGUUGCAGCGGUCUGAGAUGUAGGCAUGCAAAUGGCACUAUGUCCAUUGCCACUACCAUUAAGCCAAUUACUUCCAUGCACUGAGCCACCGAAGGGCGAGGAAUGGAAUAAAGAACACGACAGGAAUUUAGAAGUUUUGAUAACCUGGACUCCAUCAGGUAAAUUUUCAUUUCUACAGAAUCUAUCAGAGUCCCUAGGAAGGAAACUCUUGUGAGGGGGGAUAGAGAACUCUUUUCCUCGUUCACCUUCCACCCAUGCGACCUCAGAAAUGCCAACACUAUGUCCGUAUGAGACUUGGCAAUUUGGAAGUUUGACGCCUGAAUCAGGAUGUCGUCUAAAUUAAGGGCCACUGCUAUGCUCCGCGGCCUUAGAACCGCCAGAAGCGAUCCCAGAACUUUCGUAAAAAUUCUUGGGGCUGUAGCUAACCCAAAGGGAAGAGCUACAAACUGGUAGUGCCUGUCUAGGAAGGCAAACCUGAGAAACCGAUGAUGAUCUUUGUGUAUCAGAAUGUGAAGAUAAGCAUCCUUUAAAUCCACUGCAGUCAUGUAUUGACCCUCCUGGAUCAUAGGUAGGAUGGUACGGAUAGUCUCCGUCUUAAAUGAUGGAACUCUGAGGAAUUUGUUUAAGAUCUUUAGAUCCAAAAUUGGUCUGAAGGUUCCCUCUUUUUUGGGAACCACAAACAGAUUUGAGUAAAAACCCUGUCCCUGUUCCUCCUUUGGAACUGGAUGGAUCACUCCCAUAACUAGGAGGUCUUGUACACAGUGUAAGAAUGCCUCUCUCUUUAUCUGGUUUGCAGAUAAUUGUUCAAGGUGAAAUCUCCCUUUUGGGGAGGAAGCCUUGAAGUCCAGAAGAUAUCCCUGGGAUUUAAUUUCCAACGCCCAGGGAUCCUGGACAUAUCUUGCCCACGCCUGGGCGAAGAGCGAAAGUCUGCCCCCUACUAGAUCCGUUACCGGAUAGGGGGCCGUUCCUUCAUGCUGUCUUAGAGGCAGCAGCAGGCUUUUUGGCCUGCUCACCUUUGUUCCAGGUCUGGUUAGGUCUCCAGACCGUCUUGGACUGAGCUAAAGUUUCCUCUUGUUUUGCAUUAGAGGAAGUUGAUGCCGUACUUGCCUUGAAGUUUCGAAAGGCACGAAAAUUCGACUGUUUGGCCCUUGAUUUGGACCUAUCCUGAGGAAGGGCAUGACCUUUUCCUCCAGUGAUAUCAGCAAUAAUCUCCUUCAAACCAGGCCCAGAAUAGGGUCUGCCCCUUGAAGGGAAUGCUAAGCAGCUUAGACUUUGAAGUAACGUCAGCUGACCAUGAUUUAAGCCAUAGCGCUCUGCGCGCUUGAAUAGCAAAACCAGAAUUUUUAGCCGUUAGUUUAGUCAAAUGAACAACGGCAUCAGAAACAAAAGAAUUGGCUAGCUUAAGUGCUCUAAGCUUGUCAAGUAUGUCAUCCAAUGGAGUCGCUACCUGUAAAGCCUCUUCCAGAGACUCAAACCAGAACGCCGCAGCAGCAGUGACAGGAGCAAUGCAUGCAAGGGGCUGUAGGAUAAAACCUUGUUGAAUAAACAUUUUCUUAAGGUAACCCUCUAACUUUUUAUCCAUUGGAUCUAAGAAAGCACAACUGUCCUCGACAGGGAUAGUAGUACGCUUUGCUAGAGUAGAAACUGCUCCCUCCACCUUAGGAACUGUCUGCCAUAAGUCCUGUGUGGUGGCGUCUAUUGGAAACAUUUUUCUAAAAAUAGGAGGGGGAGAGAACGGCACAUCUGGUCUAUCCCAUUCCUUAGUAAUAAUUUCUGUAAACCUUUAAGGUAUUGGAAAAACAUCAGUGCACACCGGCACUGCAUAGUAUUUAUCCAGUCUACACAAUUUCUCUGGCACUGCAAUUGUAUCACAGUCAUUCAGAGCAGCUAAAACCUCCCUGAGCAACACGCGGAGGUGUUCAAGCUUAAAUUUAAAUGUAGAGAUAUCAGAAUCAGGUUGCAUCAUCUUCCCCGAGUCAGAAACAUCACCCACAGAAAGAAGCUCUCCUUCUUCAGCUUCUGCAUAUUGUGAGGCAGUAUCAGAAAUAGCUCUUAAAGCGUCCGUAUGCUCUGUAUUUCGUCUAACUCCAGAGCUAUCUCGCUUUCCUCUAAAUUCAGGAAGUCUGGCUAAUACUGUAGAACAACCGGAAUCCUCGCACUCAAAAAGGGUUA